UUGACGUUAGUAGUGAUAGCUUCAAAGAUUAGGCCAAUGGGCCUGUCAAAGAUUUUUAGCGCUGUAGAAUUUUCACUGCUUGUGGAUCUCACUCAACCAAGCCACUGUAAUGCUUCUGAUCUGUUGCUGAGAUAAAAUGGACACUGAGAUAGAGAUAUAUUUUUAAAUGCUGGCUGAUGCUGGCAGGGUGAUUGUAUUUUUAACAAGCAGCUAUACAUGCACACAUUAUAAUGAUUGCCAGCAUUGCAGUUGAAAUGUAUAUGCUAAAUGGUUGUUAUUGUGCCCUUUUGCUCUGUGCAAAUGUCUGUGUCAAUUGAUCAAAUUGAGAUCACCCUGUGUUGAUUAAGCCAUCCAUUGGAUGCAAAAAGAUCAUUUUGCAAAGGAAAAUUCCCCAAAAACCUGCAUCUUCCUGUGAGAGUAAAUCUAACCCAGUGCAGGUGGAAAUUUGCUAUGAACCAGUUUUUCUCCAAAUGAUGCUGUGGUUAAAUAUUGAGUAGAAUCUUCCUUGUUUUGACCCCUGAUUGUCAGCUGGUUUAAGCUCAAACAUUUUCUAGAACUAAUCAUUUAUUGGAGUUUACAGGUUAAUUUAAAUUUUACUGUAAUACGUACUCAUCACAAGCUUUAAAAUGGAAAUAUCCCGCAAAGAAGCUUUUCUUUUUCUUGCUCGCUUGUCAGUGGCUGCUGCUUUCUCCUACUACACAAUCAAGUUGAUGAGUUCUUUAUUAGACCCCACAUCUAAACAAAAGCAGCAGAGCUCCAAAAAAGCUCAAGAACUUCUCAAGAAACUGGGAGUUAGUAAGGACACCAAGUUAAAUGAGUAUGAGCACAUCAUAGCCAGCCAGCUGGUACUGGGGCAGAGCUUAGAUGUUGGAUGGCAGGAUGUGGCGGGACUGCAGAGCCUCAUCAGAGAGCUGCGCCAAACUGUCAUCUUGCCUGUUCAGAUGAGUAGCAGGCAUUCCAGUCGCCUUAUCAAGCCUCCUAAGGGAGUGUUGCUUCAUGGACCUCCUGGCUGUGGUAAGACAUUGCUGGCUAAGGCCGUGGCUCGAGAAGCGGGUUGUCGCUUCAUCAACUUGGAUGUGUCAUCCCUCACUGACAAGUGGUAUGGGGAGUCUCCUAAACUUGCCUCUGCAGUCUUCACACUUGCAACUAAAAUUCAACCUUGUAUCAUCUUCAUUGAUGAAGUAGACUCGUUUCUGCGUGUCCGCGCUACGGGUGACCAUGAGGCCACCGCAAUGAUGAAGGCUCAGUUCCUUCAACAAUGGGACGGCCUCAACACCGACCAUGACGCCAUCGUUAUCGUCAUGGCUGCCACCAACAGACCUCGUGAUGUGGACAGAGCCAUACUGAGGAGGCUGCCUGCCGCCUUCUAUGUCACUCUGCCUGGGCUGGAGCAGCGCGAAGACAUCUUGAAGCUCGUGAUGCGCUCUGAAGCCAUGGCGCCCUGCGUUGACCUCCACGUUGUUGCCACCAAGACGGAGAGCUUCUCUGGCUCUGACCUACGGGAGCUCUGCAGGAACGCUUCUGUUUAUCGUCUUAGGGAAUUCAUGUCUGACCCAGAGAGCGACUCUGAGUUCUACGCUGCCAAUGAGAGCCUGGAUGUAAAUGCAACCUCAGAUAAUGCUCAUGUUACCGAAUUACGGCCCGUCACCAUGCAUGACUUUGAGAUGGCUUUGAAGUCCAUGCGGAAGUCCCGGGUGCUCGACGUCAGCGCUGCCGAGCUCCUCAAACUGGAUCUUGAUUAACAAGAUCUGAUGAUGAUUUUUAUUGCCAAAGCCUUUAAUUGUUGGAACAGUCUGCGAGGCAGAUAUAUUAAGAAAGAUUAUUGUCUAUGAAUAUCAAUUUUCAUUCGUUGGCGUUUUCUCUGCAUAAAAUUCAUGAACAUCUCGCAAUUAAUUGUUCAGAAAAAAACGUGAAGCCUUUUUGGGUUGAGUAGUUCUUCCAGCUUUGUAUAGAAAAUGCUUAGCCAUUAUCCUCUUGUGGUUGUAAUUAGUGAUGAAGUUUCCUAAUUAUUAUAUGAAAGUGGAAAAACACGUGGGCACAAUGUUCAGUGGAAAAUGAUAGUUCUUAUAUUGAUUUAUGUAGCUGUUGUGUUUCGUUUUUUUUUUGCAACUAGAAUUUAUCAUGCUUGAUUUUUAGUAGCAUGAAUGCACAUUUCGUGCUGCAUACCUAGUUAAUCUUCUACACGGAACAAAGUCAUUCAUGUAAUUAGCAAGAAACAUUGUUAUCCCAAUUAUUGAAAAUACAACCAACUUUUGUGCGUUCCAUGAGUUCGGGAUACGGUAGUAAGUGUGAAACAAUUGAUUUUUUCAGACUUUGCCGUAUCCAAUUUGAUGUAAAUUCCACGCUAGCUAUCUAUUUUCGUCAACGAUAAGGCCCUAUUCGAUAAGAUAAGGAAAUUCUAUUCGUACAGCGAAGAAAGGAUCCAAAAAUUUGGCAGGCAUUAUUCACUUCAUUAUCAUAGCUCAGAAUUUGGAGUUGGUAUGUCGGGCCUUCUGCACUUGACUGACGACGCUUAAACUGAUUAGAUCAGCAGUCUGAAGCAAAUGAAGAUCAUUAGGGCUCGUGAGUUCCACGCAAGCAGGCGUAAAACAAUUAAAGUUGCGACAUCCUCUCCAGGGAGUUCAGUUCUAAGUCUGCUGUUUCUAGCAGAUAUGUUUUACCCUGGGCCAGUUCAACAAGUCUCGUAGAUUUUAUUGAACAGAUGUUGGUACAUGAAGAUUUUAAUAGUUAGGAUCGGAAGUGGUUGUUCUUUUUGACAAGAUGAAGAUGAUAUUUCUCCCCGUUUAUGUCGUUCCUCACGGUCGAUAUACUGCAAUACUGGUGCUCUUAAAUUUUGUUAUUGUUGAUUUCCUGCUAUUGUUGACCAUUUUUUUGUAAAUAUUGUUGCUGCAAGACACUUGUAUAGGAACAGGAACCUGUGGAAAUAAUGUUGUGCAGUUAAUUGUAUUGUUCGACGAUUCGAGCAUUCUGACCGAAUGGAAUUUUGUGACAUAAAUAGUUAGCAGAA